AUGAUAUUCCGCAAUUCAAUUCAUAGGCAAACUAUACGUUUGUUCUCUCAUUCUUCACCAUUCAGAUCAUCAUAUAACCAAAUCACUAGAAAAACCGUUUCUGACAUCCAUCAAUUUUACCACUCACAAAAGCCCAUUUCGGUAGUAACGGCCCAUGAUUUUAUAACUGCAAAACUUGUGGAUGCUGGUGAGAUAGAUAUUUGUUUAGUUGGUGACUCACUAGCGAAUACUACUUUGGGAUACCAAGAUACUAAUGAAUUGACCUUGGAUGAAAUGAUGUAUCAUGUCAAAUCGGUUCUGAGAGGUAAUGACAAAUCAUUGAUUAUUGCUGAUUUACCAUUCGGAUCAUUUGAGGCAUCAGUGGAACAUGCAACCAAAUCAGCUAUAAGGUUAGUGCAACAAGGUAAAGUUCAAGGAGUCAAGCUAGAAGGUGGUAAUCAAGAAAAUAUCCCCACUAUUGAAAAAUUAAUUUCAGUAGGGAUACCAGUGAUGGGACAUGUUGGAUUAACUCCUCAGAAACAUAAUGCCAUAGGUGGAUUCAAAUUACAAGGUAAAGAUGCCAAAGGAGCGUUGGAUAUUUAUCAAGAAUGUUUGAAUUUACAAAAAGCUGGUGUCUUUGCAAUAGUAUUGGAAUGUAUCCCCAAUAAAAUAGCUCAAUACAUAACAGAAAACUUGUCAAUACCUACAAUUGGAAUUGGUGCUGGUCCCUAUUGUUCAGGACAAGUACUUGUCAUUUCAGAUAUGUUGGAGUUAAAGAAUCCUGAAGAAAGUCAUAUUGCCAAAUUUGUGAAACCUUAUGCACAAUUUUAUCAAUUGGGAGUUGACGCUAUGAAACAAUAUAAAGUGGAAGUAGAAACUAAACAGUUUCCUUUAGCUGACGAACAUGGGUACAAGGUUAAAAAGGAUGUUUUCGAGCAAUUCAAACAAGAAGCACAAAAUCUUGAAAGGGACUAG